AUGGAUGAGGAGAAGCUCUGUCGACUGCGGUGCGGCGGGCAGGCUGGCAGGGAAGGAGGAUUAGCCCUGGCAAACGCAGGUGCUAUGGACCUCAACCCGAACCUGGGCCUGAACCUGAAUCUGAGGCGGCGAUCAAGGAAUUGGAUGCCUGGGCUGCUGCUCCUGCGACCGGCUGCUACUGCUACUGCUACUGCUACUGCCGCUGCCGCCACUGUGUAUGCUACACAGUAG